AUGGUGUCCCCAAUAUCUGCUGUUAUACAUUUCCGUGUAAUAGUCAAAGUCAUCAGCAAAUACGUCAGGCUGUUAAACAGCUUCCUGUACGUGGCCUUAUUUUGCGGGCUUGUAGCCGCGGCAUUGGCUGGAUCCCCUGCUGGGAGUAUCGGCAGUUUGGAACAUUUGGACAAAAGCGGCGCCCAGCAGACCAACAGCCACCCUGUGGACCCGAAGCUCAUCUACCAUGUGCCCGGGGUUGUGGACAACCACGCUGACGGCGCUUACAAAGACGAACUGUACAGCGCGCACUCUCCUGACCGCUUAAGUCAGAGCAGUGACUCAACUCCAGGAAGUGGAGACUCGGCAACGGCCGUCGCGUCCCCGGAGAUUUCCCGCGGUGCGGAUGGAGCCGUAGAGAAGGCCUCCGAGGCUUUAGUCGACCCGUCAUCCCCUUUUCUGUACUACCCAGGAUCCGUAUAUCCACCUUCUUCCGUGCCCCUGCCCUACCAUCCUGUAUCGACGUACCCUUACGAGAUUCCUUACGUGAUACCCGGACAUCACCCGUUCCACCCGGUGACAGGGGCGCACCCCGUUGGCAUCUACCCGCACGGGUUUCACCCUGGCGGUUUGUUCCCAGAGCUUACGUACCUUCCUCCCCUACCGCCUCCGCCGCCUGGCUAUCCGCCGUUGCCGCCUCUUCCGGGCCACCCGCAACUACCGCCUUCACCUAGGCCACUGCCACCUCCGAGACAGCCCGCUCCUCCGCGAAGUCCCUUCCCACCACCGAGGCUACCAUCGCCGCAACCUCCGAGACUGCCUCCUCCGAAAAGGCCAACGUUGCUGCCACCGCCAAGGCCACUGCCACAACUCCCGCCGAACCCUAUUCCUCCACCAAGACGACAGCCGCAGCCGCUUCCGCAACCAAGACCCCUACCCAGGCCACAGCCGCAACCCCAACCUCGACCCCAACCCCGACCCCAGCCCCGGCCACUUCCACCACCCCAGCCGCAGCCACCUCAGAGGCCGGCGACUCAGCCUGUGCCGGUUCCAAUACCCGAUGAUGGCGGCGACGAGAUCGCUGACCCGCAGUCGGAUCCGCCGGUUCUAUCUGCAGAAAAUGCUCCCGCUCAAGACACGGAUGAGGUUUUCAGGCGUGGCUUUCUGCCGUCUCCCGCUGGCAGACGGAGAUUAGGAGAUGUCAAGACGUCCCUGGAAGACCUGUUCCAUUCGAACGAGCCGCAGCCUGUCAACGAAAACCCCACGUUUGCUUACUACAUCGACCAGGAACCCAGAGUUUGA